GGAAGGGAAGGGGGUGGGGGGGGGAAAAGAUGGCGGCGCUGCGAGUGGAUCUGAGGCCGCUGAGGGAACCCCUCGGGUUCGUGAGGGGCCUCCAGUGGUUCUUCUCCAUCUUCGCCUUCGCCACCUGCGGGGGCUUCAGCGGAAGCGUCUCCGUCGUCAUCAGCUGCGGUGGAAAAUCCAACAUCAGUGUCUCCGCCCCCUUCGCUUAUCCCUUCCGGUUGAACCGCGCCACCUUCUCUCCACCGUUGACGGCGUUGUGCAACGGAACGUGGGCCGAGGAGGUCCACCUGGUGGGAGACUUCUCGUCUUCGGCGCAGUUCUUCGUGGCCGUGGCCGUGGGGGCCUUCCUGGGCAGUAUGGCCGCCCUCGGCGUCUACCUCGGCGCUCUCCACCUCUACCGCCACCGCGACGGCAAAAUGGCCCUCGUGGACUUCGUGGUGACGGUUGUCUUCUCCUUCCUGUGGCUCGUGAGCUCCUCGGCGUGGGCGAAGGCUUUGACCGAUGUGAAGAUGUCCACAGCGGCGCCGCUGCCCCACUGCGAUGUCCCCUCCGUCACCUGCGGCGCCCCCGGAGUCACCUCCAUGGGGGCCCUCAACGUCUCCGUGAUCUUGGGGUUCCUCAACCUCCUCCUCUGGGUCGGCAGCUCCUGGUUUGUCUACAAGGAGACCCAUUUCCACCACCCCACGCCUCCGGCUCCGCCCACCGCCGCCACCAUGUGACCUCCAGCCAUGGUCUUCUUCUUCUUCUUCUCCACCACCACCACCACCACCAUUUUUUCCUCCCCACCGGCGCCGCUUUGAAGGUCUUCUCCAAGGAGAUACCACCACCACCACCACCUCAAAGGUUCCUCAAAGGUUCCUUGGAGGUUCUCGGAGGGGUUUGGAAGCUUCCGGAGGUGCAGAAGGUGGACGGCGCCCACCGGGAGGUCCUCAGAGGAGAAGGGCUGAGAGGUCCUCAGGGCCAAAUGGGGGAUGAGAGGUCUUCCGGGUGGGGUUGAGGUCUUC